GAACAGUAGAACACUUGAUGGAGAUGGAGCCACUUGGAGGCAGCAGCGACCACUAUGCCGCUCGCGCAAUUAUCUCCUAAGAUAAUACCCACACUUAUAUAUACAGCAAAGAGUCUUGACGUCGAGGAGUGCACCAAUUAGAAUCUGCAGCGCGGAGCAGCUCGAUCCAGAGCUCUAAUGGCGACGCUUCUCCUCCGGCUGCUGCUCUUGCUCGGCUGGCCGGCGAUGCUCCUGAUGACGCGCGCGGCCGCGGACGCGUCGUUCCCUGUCAAUGUCUGGCCCAAGCCGGUGUCCAUGUCGUGGGCGGAGCCGCACGCGGCCGUGCCGCUGUCGCCGUCGUUCCGCAUCGUCGCGCCGUCCGGGAACCCGUACCUCGCCUCCGCCGCGGAGCGCUACGCCAAGCUGCUGGUCACGGAGCGGUACCGGCCCGUCGUCCGGCCGGCGGUCAACGUCACCGCGGGGAGCGCGCUGGCGAGGCUGACCCUGGCCGUGUCCGACCUCGCCGCCCCGCUGCAGCACGGCGUGGACGAGUCCUACACGCUGGAGGUCCCCGCCACGGGCGGCGCCGCCACGGUCACCGCGGUCACCGCGUGGGGCGCCAUGCGCGGGUUAGAGACGUUCUCGCAGCUGGCGUGGCGGGCCGGCCACGGCCGGGACCGGGGCCGGGACAUGCUGGUGCUGGCCGCCGGCGUGCACGUCGAGGACCGGCCCCUGUACCCUCACCGCGGGCUGAUGCUCGACACCGGUAGGACCUACUUCCCCGUGGCCGACAUCCUGCGGACCAUCGACGCCAUGGCGGCCAACAAGAUGAACGUGUUCCACUGGCACAUCACGGACUCCCAGUCGUUCCCCAUCGAGCUGCCCUCCGAGCCGCAACUCGCCGAGAAGGGCGCAUACGGCGAGGACAUGCGGUACACCGUCGAGAACGUUAAGCACAUCGUCGAGUUCGCCAUGAGCCGCGGCGUCCGCGUCGUGCCGGAGAUAGACUCGCCGGGCCACACGGCGUCGUGGGCCGGCGCGUACCCGGAGGCCGUGUCCUGCGCGGGCAAGUUCUGGCUUCCCGGCGGCGACUGGAACAACCGUCUCGCGGCGGAGCCGGGCGCCGGGCAGCUCAACCCGCUGGCGCCCAAGACGUACGAGGUCAUCACCAACGUCGUCAACGACCUGACCUCCCUCUUCCCGGACGGCUUCUACCACGCCGGCGCCGACGAGGUCACCCCGGGCUGCUGGCACGCGGACCCCACCAUCCAGGCCGACCUGGAUCGCGGCGCCACGCUGAGCCAGCUCCUGGAGCGCUACGUCAGCGCGGUGCACCCUCUCGUGGUGUCCCGGAACCGCACGGCCGUGUACUGGGAGGACGUGCUGCUGGACGCGGCCGUGAACGUGAGCGCGUCGGCGAUCCCGCCGGCGACGACCAUCCUGCAGACGUGGAACAACGGGCCCAACAACACGAAGCUCAUCGUGCGGGCCGGGUACCGCGCCAUCGUCUCCUCGGCGUCCUUCUACUACCUCGACUGCGGCCACGGCGACUUCCUCGGCAACAACAGCAUCUACGACGACCCCAACAGCGACUUCAACAGCAGCGGCGGGUCCUGGUGCGGGCCCUACAAGACGUGGCAGCGGGUCUACGACUACGACAUCGCGUACGGGCUCACCCCCGAGGAGGCCCGGCUGGUGAUCGGCGGCGAGGUGGCGAUGUGGACGGAGCAGGUCGACGCGACGGUGCUGGACGGCCGGGUCUGGCCCAGGACCUCGGCCAUGGCGGAGGCGCUCUGGUCCGGCAACCGCGACGCCUCCGGCAGGAAGAGGUACGCCGAGGCGACGGACCGGCUCACCGACUGGCGCAACCGCAUGGUGGGGAGAGGGGUCCGGGCCGAGCCCAUCCAGCCGCUCUGGUGCCGGACACGCCCCGGGAUGUGCAACGCGGUCCAGUAACGACCCGGCAAGCGAAGCUUUGACAAUUGUUGGCCAACUAUUCAUCAUACUAUAUCACAUCCUACGUGUCAAAUUAUCUUUAAAAAAAACUGAAGUGUGAGUGCUGAUCAUACAGUUUGUUCCGUUCUCGUGUCGAUGUUGGGGAGAUAACACCAUUUGUUUGUUCUUUUGUUCAUAUAUUUAAGUGAAGUGGACGGCAUGUUAUCUUGUUAA